UGGCCUUGAAAUUCGUAUAUUCGUUUAGAAAUUACUUGGUGAAGGCGACAUAUGGAUUCCCGGCAAUGCCAUUCAUCCGGAUAGCUAUUGCUGGCCUAUCCUAGGCCUCCGACCGCCCCACCGACGCGGCGUCAAUGCGAUGAACAGUUUAUCUAGAGUGUAUUCCGUUGCCCUCGGGUCGCUCAGAACUCAGUGUUCAUCAUCCCCUCCUUACUUCUUGACGAUGCCACCGCGCACCUGCAUAAGGGGACGGGCGAGCAGGCAGUCAUCAAUACCAGCAGCCCCGAGCCAUAUUUCCGCCGGCGAGUACUCUACAGAGAGAUUCACAGAUGCACCCUUCCAUAGUCCGCAGUCGUUGGCCCAUAAAGGCACGCCACCGGUCUCUGCACCGCAAUGCCAGCGAACACCUGGCGAACCAGCUUCUGGGCAUUGGCAUGCAGAACGUCCAAAUAAGCUUUCGAGCAAGCUCAGAUCCACAUUCGCCGGUAUUCACCCACAUAGGCUGAUCCUAGUGUAUCCAGGAAAGCCGGUCCGAAAGUCGGGUCUACCGAGGAAGGCAAGCCGGGGCGGAGGAAGGCGCGCGCGUCCUGCGCUCGUUAGAGGCGUCGUAUGGUGGGCAAGCUGGUUGCGAAUUAAGCGCGCGAGUGGACUGUCAGGGGACUGAGGAGACGAUGGUCGGGCGAGGUACUAGGACUAGAAGGAGUUUCGGGGCAGCGGCCUGCGAUGGUUACAGAGUAACCUUGAGCGGCUGGACGCGCUCGACUUUUCGGCAAACGCGUUGCUUCGCCCAUUCCAAGAGCAUAGCCGUGUCGAAUCAGAUUGGCGUGCAUUGAGAAGAAACCAUUGAGGUUGGUAGGAUUGCCCGGACAGAAGGCAUUUAGAACUUUACAUAGGUAAGUGCAAGGAGUUCGUCUUUGCGCGACGCGGUAGAGAAGGGCGUCGCGAUCACAACGAGGUCCCGACGAAAUCUUCUAGACGGGC